GCGGCGCUUUGAACGCGGCGCGGGGGUGGCGGCGUUGUGUCGGGGGCCGGACCCGGGGUCGGGGCCUGGGGUUGCAACCGGCGCCGGAGGCGGGGUGGGGUCGGGUCGGCGGCGGCUGGGGCAGCUGGCGCUCCUCGGCGUCCGCGGCCGUGUCAUGGCGGCGGAGGCGCGCGUGUCGCGCUGGUACUUCGGGGGGCUGGCCUCGUGCGGGGCCGCCUGCUGCACGCACCCGCUGGACCUGCUCAAGGUGCACCUGCAGACACAGCAGGAGGUGAAGAUGCGGAUGACAGGCAUGGCGCUGCAGGUGGUGCGCUCCGACGGCGUCCUGGCGCUCUACAACGGCCUGAGCGCCUCCCUGUGCAGACAGAUGACCUACUCCCUGACUCGGUUCGCCAUCUAUGAGACCGUGCGGGACCAUGUGACCGCGGGCAGCCAGGGGCCCCCACCCUUCUAUAAGAAGGUGUUGCUGGGCUCCAUCAGUGGUUGCAUCGGAGGAUUUGUGGGGACUCCUGCGGAUAUGGUCAACGUCAGGAUGCAGAACGACAUGAAGCUGCCCAAGAACCAGCGCCGAAACUACGCCCAUGCCCUGGACGGCCUGUACCGCGUGGCCCGUGAAGAGGGUCUGAAGAAGCUGUUCUCAGGUGCGACCAUGGCCUCCAGUCGAGGGGUGUUUGUCACCGUGGGCCAGCUGUCCUGCUAUGACCAAGCUAAGCAGCUCGUUCUCAGCACGGGGUACUUGUCUGACAGCAUCGUCACGCACUUUGUCGCCAGCUUCAUCGCAGGUGGAUGUGCCACGUUCCUGUGCCAGCCCCUGGAUGUGCUGAAGACCCGCCUGAUGAACUCCAAGGGCGAGUAUCGAGGUGUUUUCCACUGCGCCGUGGAGACUGCGAAGCUCGGCCCGCUGGCCUUUUACAAGGGCCUCCUGCCUGCCGCCAUCCGCCUCAUGCCCCACACUGUGCUCACAUUCGUGUUUCUGGAACAGCUUCGAAAACACUUUGGCAUCAAAGUACCAUCCUGACGGGGCCAUGGGAGCGGGUUGGGCCACGCCUGGCCCCAGCGCCAGGUUCUUCUGGAGUCUGGGAGGGUCUUGGGGCUGAAGGCUGCCCGGAGCCCACCUCCGUCCCCCACCCGCCUCUGGCCCAGGACCUCCCCGGCCAGCUCCUGCCCUCACCCAGCCUGCCCAGGCCAGAGCUCAUUCCACUGACCUUCGUCCCUCCAGCCCCCACCUGCCCGCCCCACGCUCUGCCCACCUGGUGUCCCAGCUGCCCCCCCUUGUGCUCUGAUGACUCACUCGGGGGGCAGGCUGUCUAGGCUUUCUGGGGUCUGGGGUCCCAUGCCCCUUCUCCUCUGGCCCUGGAGGUUUCUUCCCUUCAUGUGCAGCUGCCCAGGGCCCACAGCACCGUCUUCCAGCAGCUUCCAUCAGGGACCUGGAUGGCAGAGUCGGGGGUCGCCCACCAAGUUGUGUGCACGUGCACUUUUAUCCAAGGAGAGGGACCAUAGUGUUCAUGAUGUUCUCAGAGGUAGCUGUGCCCCCCACACCUCCUGGGCCAGUGAACAAAUGACACAGGAGCAGAAUGAGUGCCCAGGAGCAAGGGUCAGAGUGUGUGACCUGUGGGCGCCCCUGGUGGCAGGCCUAGUCGUCCUCCCCCCCCCCCCCCCCCCCCCCCCCCCCGCCCCAUCCCUCCCACGUCCAGCCAACCCCCAGUUGCUUUAACAAUUAGUUUCACCAAAACCUUUCAGCACCAAGAGGCUGCUGCUGUCUUCAGGGAGUGUGCAGUGUCCCUCACGCCGUCCACGCCCUCCCCUCCUGCUCCUCAGAGGUGGGCUGUGGUGUGUCCUUGGGGGCUUCUCUGUGUGGACGGCGGUCACCUGCAAGGCCCCCAGCAGCUGAUCAGCCAAAACAACUGGAUUCCGCUGUGAAAGCAGCCUGCCCCCCCACAAACCAGGCUGGGGGCUGCGUCCGCCUGCCUCCCCGGGUCCCCUGGGCACUGUGCCCCCGCCCCAGCAAAGGGCUGCAGGCCCACAUUGCUCUGCAGGGAUGCUAAUAAAGGACGGUGAACUGCU